UUUUUGCAUUUUAAACAAAAUUGCACGCAUCCAUUCCGGCGCGUCGAACUGUUAGUCGUACUCUAAGCAGAUCUAAGAAACUCUAUGCAGCAAUAACGAGAUCAAAGUUUCUGUAAAUGAGCCGGGCAAUAUUUGAUAACAUAACAGAUUCAUUAACGAGUAACAAUAGGUUAAAAAAGUUUGCUGCCAGAAGGGGUCGAGGGGGCCAAGGGUUGAGAUCUACCCGGUAAGCAACGCGCGUGUCCAAUAUGCUGUCCGGUCUCAUCGGCGAAAACGAUAAUAAGCGGAUUGUUCUGGAUAGGAUUGUGAAAAGAUAGUGCGUACUUCACCAAUUCCAUUUUCAUUAUCCACGAGAGUUCCGUCGUGAUAAAAGGUCCGUUAGUCUAAUCAUUUGUUGUGACCGUAUUAUUGAGUGAACUACCCUAAACACAAAUAGUCACAAUGGAUAUGCGACCGAAUAACACGAUCUAUAUUAAUAAUUUGAAUGAAAAAGUAAAAAAAGAUGAAUUAAAGAAAUCUCUCUACGCGAUCUUCUCUCAGUUUGGGCCAAUACUUGAUAUUAUUGCAUUAAAAACUCUCAAGAUGCGUGGACAGGCUUUCGUUGCGUUUAAAGAAAUAAAUGCGGCAAGCGAGGCACUUCGAUCAAUGCAGGGAUUUCCGUUCUUCGACAAACCGAUGCGUAUCCAAUAUGCUAAGACUGAUUCCGAUGUGGUCGCAAAAAUGAAGGGAACUUUCGUGGAACGUCAAAAGAAACCCGUUGAAAAAGUAUCGAAGUCCGUGAAGAAGGGUGGUCUUGCCGCAAAGACCACGAGUGCAGCUGUGCCGGAGGUUACUCAGACUUCUGCAGGCGUCGGGUCAUUAGGACCCGUUCCCGAUCAGCCACCGAAUUCGAUCCUCUUCCUGACAGGACUACCGGAAGAAACAAACGACGUGAUGCUGCAUGUGCUAUUUGGCCAAUUUCCUGGUUUCAAAGAAGUUCGGUUGGUCCCAGGGCGGCCGGAUAUUGCCUUUGUUGAGUACGAGGAUGAGAUACAGUCAUCAGCAGCAAAGAACGCUUUACAAGGCUUUAAAGUGACGCCAACGGCCGCCAUACGAAUUACGUUCGCGAAGAAGUAGAGCCGCGUUUUUCGAAUAUUAUCCCGUUGAUGGCACCAAUCGAUCAUCACUGUUCGUUCUCUAAACACAAAGCUUGUUUUUUGUGCUCAGUGUGAAUUCUUGCUAGUGGUUACAACGAUCUGCUUGAGUGGUACUGGCGAACCGUGGGCCAAUUAUAUUUUAUUUAGAAUUAGUUGAAUUCCAGUACGCAAACGUAUCACACUUACGAGAAUUGUCGUCCGCCAUCGCAAAGAGAAACCUCUGGUACAUUAUUUGAUGAACUUUUUCGAGUAUAGUCAAUAGAACAGGAAUGGUCUCGACUAAAUUUGCUUCGUGCUGUUUUUGUACAGUGCAAAUGACGAGUUCAAUUUCAUAACAACGUUUACCUACGAGUUUAGGGCGCUUACGAUUUCGUAGUGAGCAUGUAAUUUGCGAUGAUAUGUAUGCCACUGUAGCGUUGCGCAAAAAAUCCGAAUGCUUAAUUUAGGGAUGAAGUAAGUUUGAGUGAGAUUCGCCAAAACCUGGGUCAGUGUACAUUAUCAUCGAGUUAAAGCGGAAGUAAUGAAAAUGUUUGAUGGAAAAAGUAAGUUCAUGUAAAAUAAACCUUAUUCAUACAUUUAAAUAAAAUAAAUUGGUUACAAUUCUUGCUGUAGAGGUAGUCUGACAACCUGGUAGUCGAUCGCGACAGAAAAUUAAAUAAU